AACCAUCGACAUGAAUUGCUCCGAGUCCUUAAUCACCUGCCUACCUAGGUAGCUAUAGAAAGCUUGACAGAACAAACUUCAAAUCCUUGGCGAAACGAGGCAUCACCUGAUAGCCUCGACCUCCACUACCCUCCUUGUCUUACCUUGGGGUACACUACCUACUUCACCCUGCUCCUGAAGGAGGCCCUUGCCUCAUCGGAACAUCAGCUCGGGCAUUCAAGUUGCUCCGCCGCCCGACUUAACCCCCCUUUUUCCCAUAAUGCCGCUCUUCCAGGCCAUCAAGCUUCCUUUCUUCCUACACAUCGCCAUCGAGACGGCCGCCGCCUGCACCUUCAUCUUCAACCCCGCCACGCAGGUCCCAGCCCCGUCUCCCGCCACUCGACUGGUGCUGCAGUCCUUUGGCGGCUUGCUGCUUAGCACGAACCUGGUAUGCCUCACCUUCGUCGCGCGGCCAUUUGACGAGACGACGAGGCGAGUGGCGGCGGCGUUGGCGUUUUGGCACGCCUGGCCAUGCUGGCGCGCCUAUGUAAGGCUGGCGAGGCCCGAGGUGGAUGGGACGGGCAAGGACAAGCACGAGGGCGAGUUAGUGAGGAAGACGCUUGCUGGGCCGGGUGUUCAUCUAGCAGUACAUGUUGGGAUGUUCGUGUUAUUCGCCGGAGCCGCGUUUGUUGGAUAAAGAGCUUCACGCCUUCGGAUCCUACCCGACGAAGACGCGCGGUCUCCGCAUCUACGUAAUAACAGUCGACUCCUGUGUUCUGCUCGACAAGCCAUG